AUGGCGGCUAUUGUCACCAGUACACCGGUAAACUGGUCCAGGGUGCUAUUUGACGUCCUCAUUUGGAUGGUCGGCAUCCGGUCAGUCGGCCUCAUCCCCCAAAUAAGCUGCCUUCUUGUGGAGCUUGGUGUUCCGACCUGUCCCGGCGAAGGUCUGAACCAUGCCCAGCAAACGGAGGAUGAAGGGUCGGCCUCAUCAUCUGAAAGAACCGAUACAGAAAAGACCGAUGAUGAAAGAUCGGCCAAUGAAGAAGAGAAUUCGGGCCAGAGCCCCGAUAAUGCCGGACCUGACGCCAUCUCUGAGACCACCGAGGGUAGUGAAGAGGGUGGUGAAGAUGCCGGUGAUGAAGGCGGCGACAAAGAUAAUGAGGAGGCCGGAGAAGAAGAGGCCGAUAGGAUAUCUCUGAAACUCCUUCAGGGCGCCAAAAAGAGAGCCGAGUCGAUUGAGGAGUUAUACCUGGAAUGGCACGAGCACCGGUUCGGCAAACCGUAUAGGCAAAUCCUACCGGGCUAUACAGACAUGGAAUGCAUCCAAAGACUGAAGGAAGUGGAGGACUUGAUCAUGAAUCUCACAAAAUCCAACACAAUUGAAGAGAUUACGGAGGAGUUCGAAGAGGUGGGACCUGAAGACACCUUAACACCGCGGGUGUUAGAAAGGCUUGAAAAAGCCAAAGGAGACCUCAUUCAAGAAAUUGACCGGCUGGAGGCAAUAUACAGUCAAAGGGAAAUACCGGUCUAUACUACUCCCCGGAUCGAAACGAGUCCGGAUCACUGUCCAACACCUCCAAGGGAGAAUGCGGCAUCAAAAGAAUCCGAUGAAAGGGCGGAUCCUCUUCUCACCGGGCAAUCUCCACUUACACAACCGGAAGUCUCCGAAUCAGACUUCACAAAGGAAUGGGUUGAGGGCCGUCUUCAAAGGUUUGAAGACUCAACAACAGAACGAAUUGAUAGCCGUAUUCAAGAGUUUGAAGUCUCCGCGGAUGAGCUGGACGCCGAAGCAAGUAAAGAGAAGGAAGCACCGCGAUCAUCCCAACUUACCGAAGAAGAAGAGGAAGCCGAGCGGAUUAGAAAGGCAGAGGCCAAGUUCCCAGGGCUUGCAAAGAAGGCAGCCGCUCAAGCUGCGAAGGAUGAUGCGCGGUUGGAAAGAGAAAGACGGAGGCUGGAAAGUUUCGCAGAAGACAACAAGAAGAAAAAUGCGGCCUCCUCCGUUUCAGCGCCGACAAAGCGAAAGAGGGAACCCUCAAAGAAAGUUCAAAUAGCCGACCUGCUCAAUGAGGUCACUGACACGGUCAUUACGAGUAUACCGCAGCAGGCUGCUCAAGUCGAAGAGGAGGUUGAAGAACAACUGCAGCCCCGGUCUAAAAGAUAA